AGUCGUUGAUGAAGGUGUUGAUUAAGGAAAUGUGCGUUAGAAUAUCCAGUGGACAGCAGUCAAACGUGACCACUGCCUGGUCACAGUCGUCUUGGAGGAAUGGUAUACUUGACCUUGGGUCAGGAUGAAAUACUGGACACAUCUUCUGUUCAUCGUGACCACCUGUUGCUAUGUCUCCACACAAAAUGUUACCACAGAAGGAACAGACACGGUCCCGACUGUAUCUAUAUCAAGAGAACUUCGCCCAGGGUCCUUUGGUCUCCCCGUUCCUGGGAUCGUUGGAAUUCUGACAGCAACUACAACUUCUUCACCAUCAACAACGACGACAGGUAGACAAUGUCCCCCGGGUGAGAGAUGGAACCGACCCAGGACAAGAAGCUUCCUGGAGUGUCUGUGUGAGCGGGGAGGACCUGACCAUCAGCCAUGUAUCCUGAGACUUAGCAACGUCCUGGGCGCCUUUUCCGGAAGGGUCAUACCGGCCAUUCUGCCUCGACUGACCGGCACUGAUGUCGGCUUCCUCUAUCUCUGGACAUUUGAGGGAUUUCAGUGUAACCCCUUCAUGGGGAUGGGUGGUUUGAGUAUUGCGUGUUACCAUGACAUCGGGAAUUCCCCUUUCUCCAGAGACUGUCGUUUUAGCAGGUCUCGCUAUUUCUGUGAGUUGCUGAUGUGCGUCGACACCAUCCUCGCCGACACGAGAAGCGCCCCGCAAGACUUCCUCAACUGCGUACGGAGGAUAGCUGUACCCGCCCAGAACAGCCCAGUCUACACAUGGCCUCAUACCCGGAUAACCCACCCACCGAUCAUCAUCACCCACCGCACAACCACCACAGACGAGCCGGCUGUGACGUCAUCAUUACGUCACGAUGACGCCGACCACGCCGAUCACCUUGAAUUCGACCAGGACGAGCAUGGGGCGCUAGGCGAUGAACACUACAAAUAUGAUAUUAUUCGAAUUGUUGGAGGCGUGUUUGGCGGCGUGAUGACCGGCAUCUUCAUCACCGCUGUCAUCUUCAUCCUCUGCUGGUUUUCGAAACGGAGAAGACGCCAAGAGAGUCCUGGUAAACAGCAGACAGACACUCAUGCAUACCUAGGACCAGGUCAUACCAGCGACUCAUCAGACAAGAACAAAGGAACAAAUGAAAAGACUUCUUCAGUUCCCGACCUGGUUAAAACGUCCGUAGAACCUGCUGCUGGUGAGUACGCGAUCAUCUCAGAGCCUGCAGACGUAGGAGACUACACGGAAAUUACAGAAGACAUCUCUGGGGCAGCGGCAGGGGUCUCCAUGACAACAGCAAGUCAUGGGAUGACCACACUGGAUGGACGUAAACCAGAAGACGCUGCAGACAACCUUGCUGGUCAAUACAACAAACUGGGGGAGUCUAUAAAUCUGACCAUAACCGAUGUUCAGGCCACCUACAACAGGUUGAGGGACAAUAACUUGGCCAGUGCCCAUCUCCGGCAAACUGGUAAUGGAUCAUCAGCAGAAUAUUUCGUCCUGGAAGAAUCUGAUGGCAACUACAACAGACUAGGGCAAGCUGCUCCCAUCACUACGACUGAUGCCACGAGUGGCUAUCACAGACUUGGGGACACAGCCGAGGCUGGAAGUCCUCAAGCCAAGGACACUGAAGCGCCACCACCCGAUUACUUCGUCCUAGAGGAACCUGCAGACACGUACAACAAACUUGGAGUUACUGUUGCUGCAACUGAGAUGGCUACAAAGAACACCUAUCACCGAUUGGAAAACACUGAUGUUGAUACAGGGAACAGGGAUCCAGAACCUUUCGAAACUGUGCUUGAAAAGUCAGGUGACAGCUACAACAAACUUGGAGAGAAAACGUCUGCUGAAGAAGCACACGGCACGUACAACAAACUUGGAGAGGUCACUUCCGAGAUCAGAACCUGACCAUUCUCAAGAUGAUUCCGAAGGACCCACCCUCAGGGUCUUACGGCAUAUUCGACUAACAACCGACUUGAUUAUAUUCAAAGAGAUAAUGCUUCAAGUCCAUUGUCCUCUUUAGAUAUUUCACAUAAGUGGAUGUGCAAGAAUGUUUGCCUUAUAGCAAGAAAAUGUUAUCCAUAUAUCAACAUAUGUACUAAAUUUAUAUUUCUUUCGGGAUACAUUCAGAGAAACUGACGUCUUGGUAUUUAUUUGUCUGUGAAAUAUAGAUGGUGUUCAUUAUUUCAUCUCACGGUACGCUUUUUGACACCUUGCACGCAUAUAUUUACUCAGUGCUUUAUAAACUAUUGCCCAGGACAUCUAUAUUCGUCUGGUUGAAAAUGAAGAUCAGACUGUCAGCCGGUCUGAAAUUAUACAUCAUAGAAUGAAGGAUGUAAAAACCCUUGCCUGUCUCAGUGAUGUAUCCUCAUCCGGUGCAAUGUUUCAGUGGUACGCAUAACUUUCUCUUUGAAGUUCAAGGGACAGAAAGUUGGAGACUCUGCAUAAAAAUUAAAAUUAUAUAUCUAGAUAUACUGAAAGGCAAAAGAAACGUUGUAAUAUUGAAAAUGACAUUUAAGUAUCAAUGGAGUAUUUGAACAUAUUUUUUUUAAAUAUACACCGGAAGUCAAGGUUAAGGAAAACAUUGAAUCGUGGUCGUAUAGCAUGUUUUGCCCAAUAAAGUAUUGUUUGAGAUUGAGGUUAGAAAUUAUUUUGUUUGCGGAAAGGGAAGAGUUUGCACAAAUACAACAUUGAAAUCUGAACACAGCAGCUAUGGCUAGGUUAACGAGAGGUAUAGAUGGACGAUAUGACGGUCCUGGUCCAAUAUUAUGACGUGUCUCUUGCCUUUCAGUAUAUUUGCAAGCGACAUGGUGUAUAUUCACAUUACGCCUAUCAAACGAAUUAUUGCUAUAGCAAUUAAAUGUCAAAUGUCA